AUGGACAACAGCAGGCAGGUCGCCUUUCCAUGUUCUGGCCAGGCGGAGGCUGGGGACUAUGUGGAAGAGUUGAGCGCUGGUGAGACUGAUUUGGCCAGCUCCGAAGAGCUGAGUCUGUUCUUUCGUGAACCGACAAUCGGCUCGCAAACGCUUGCCGCCUACACCGGCGCUAACACGCCCUGUCUCACCAGCUCGACAGCCUCACCGCUCGACCCCACCGACUCGGCAUCAACAUCACCCUCUCUCUGCGGCAGCAGCAGCGGUGCAGCGCAGGCCGUCCUGUCCGGAGGUGGAGGCAGUCUCGGAGGCCUCGGCAGUGGCGCAGCACCGGUCGGCGUGGCGGGCGCCGGCGGCAACGUAGUUGCCAACGACUCUGGCGCCAACGGAGGAGGCUGUCUGACGUCGGCGACGCCGUACCGACGCCUCGACUGCCGGACGCCGCGUCGCCGAGGCCCAGAGCCGGUGGGCGAGUUCAGCAAGCCACGGAGACUGGCUCCGAUGAUGCGCACACUGACAAUGCCGACGCUCAGUCUGCAGGCAUCUCUGGCGUUGUCCGACGCGACCGCCAUCACAGAAGCUGUGGCGGCAGCCUCGAAUGCGUCAACGGCGAGGGCGACUUUCGAUCUGGCGCCGGGCAAACGGCGCGUGGUGUCGACUCGUGGGCAACCGAGCGGUCAGCAGUUCGCCUCAGUCGCUGAGUGUACACGCAGCUUCCAGUGCAGACCUUCACGACGAGCU